GUGCCACGACAGUCGCAUUGACUCGGGUUCGCGCGCGUGCGUGCGUGAGUUUUUCGAAAAAAAAAGAAGAGCCGGAGCGUAAGGGAGCGACAGAGGGGACGGGGAAAGCGAGAAGACGCCGCGUCUCCUGUUGUCGGGUGCGGCUCGGUGGAGACUCUGACGUGAGAACGGACUGGAUCUGUCUUGAUGGGGACCCGAGCGACGGAUGCAACGAGUUCGCGCGCAAAGUUGCACUUCGCAAAGUGAGCAGACGUUCUCGUUCGUCGGAAGCGCGAGAGGGGAGGAGAGGAGGAAACCGACUGUCGCGAGUCAAAUCGCCCGCCAAAGCUCCACGAACGCUACGAUGUGCUGUGUGUGUGAUGUACGGUGCAGUGUGUUGGUGCUAACUUAGUGAUAAUAUACAUAUAUAUAUGUACACGUAUAUGUAUAUGUACCCUCCUCCGUCGCAUCCGGCAUAGCCCGCAAACUAGUCGCCACAUUAUCUCGCCCGUCGGGAUUGCCGCCGGUAAGAUAAGGGCGGAGACCGGCAAGAAGAUUCCUUUGGUGAUCAGCAAAUCAGACCAGGAUUACCUAUGAUCCCGCUGGGCGUCGCGAGGACGACGGAAAAGGCAGAGAGGCGCUUCUGGCAGCGUUCCUAAUCUUCCUGCCUCCCGUUCUCUUCUCUCUCUUUCUCUCUCUCUCUCUCUCUCUCAUCCCGCUCUCCACCCCCUCCUCCUUCUCACCUGCUCGCGUCCGUCUUCGACGAGAGGCAUCGGGACCUCGCGUUGGAUCGCACUAUGGACAUGAGCAGCGAGUCGAGCACCGCUAGAUGGUACGAGCCGCCCAGGUCGUCGCUGGAGCCGCCUUCGGGGGGCGCCGGGGUGGCCGGGGUGGUCGGCAACCCCGGCGACUACAGGGGUUACUACCCCCACGCCGGACCAACGGCGCAUCACCCCACGGCCCACUACGCCCACACGAGGAUGUCGAGCAGCGGCGUGUCGAGCGGUCCGGUGAGCCAGGUCUGCCGGCCGCACUUUCACAGCUCGGUUCUCCACCCGUGGCUGUCCGGCAGCAGCGCCGACACCUCGAAGACGCCCUGGGGAUUCCCCGCGACGACGGCGACCACGGGCGGCGCCGUGAGCGACGAGAAGCCGCAGAGCCCGCUGGGAUCCUCGCUGCCGCCCACGAGCGGAAGCCUGUCGAGUCACGGUGGCGGCGGCGCCGGCCACCAUCUCUUCUCCUUCCCGCCGACGCCGCCCAAGGACGCUACCCCCGACAGCAUAACCGCCAGCACGACCUCCAGCACGAACAACAACAACAACAACAACUCGACGAGCGCCAACAACAACAACAACAGCGGCAACCCCCUGUCCGGGUUGGGCGGCGGCGCCGCCAGCGAGUACCAGGCGGCGGUCGCCCACGCGGCGGUGAUGGGCGCCUUCAUGCACCACCAGGACGCGCUGAGCGCGUCCGGCGCCGGCUCGUGCGACAUCAAGCCGACGGUGAUGCUCGGCCACCAUCACGGGGCGCCCUCGCCGCCCCAUCAGCAGCACAACGGCUCUAACAACGGCAACGGACCCGGCACCAACGGCUCGUCCGCCGGCCAGGUGAAGCAGCGAGAAGGUAAUAACCAAUCCGGGAAUGUGACGGGCAGCCAACAGGCGAGCGCCACGCAGCAACAACAGCAGCAGGACGCGUAUCAGAGCAACAACGGGGUGCCGGCCGGCGGCGGCGGCGGCGGCGGCGGCGGUGGCGGCGGUGGCGGCGGUGGCACCUCGGCUGGCAACGGCAGCAGCAACGGCAGCAGCGGCGGCGGCCCGGUCUCGCCCUGCAGAGACAGUUACGCGGCCGCGGCCGCGGCCGCCGUCGCGGCGGCGGCCAACAGCCACCACGCCACUUCCGGUUCCCAGUACGACUCGGCCGCGAGCGCGUACAACAUGUACCAGCACCUUCAGUACCCCGCCGCCCCCCACCAUCACCAUCAUCAUCAUCAGUCCGCCGCCGCGUCGUCCCACAAUCCGCACAACGGCGGCGCGGUCGCCGGUAUUUUCGGUCACCACGCCGCCGGGGCCGGCAACGCGGCCUCCGCCGGCGGCGGCCUGGCCGGCGUCGCGGACUCGAAGCUGCUAGUCGGUCACGCGCACGGGAACACGCCGGGCUCGCCCUCCGCGCAGCAGCAGCAGCAGCAAAAGCCGAGGAACAAGUCGAGGACGUCCGCCGAGGGUCGCGAGUGCGUGAAUUGCGGAGCUACUUCGACGCCUCUCUGGAGACGGGACGGCACCGGCCACUACCUCUGCAACGCCUGCGGCCUCUAUUACAAGAUGAACGGCCAGAAUCGACCCCUCAUCAAGCCGAAACGACGCCUGUCGCUGCAGAGUGCGGCGAGACGAGCGGGCACCAGCUGCGCCAACUGCAAGACGGCGACCACGACCCUCUGGCGAAGGAAUCAGGCGGGCGAGCCGGUCUGCAACGCUUGCGGGCUCUACUACAAGUUGCACAACGUGAACCGGCCAUUGACGAUGAAGAAGGAGGGCAUCCAGACGAGAAACAGGAAACUCUCGUCCAAAAGCAAGAAGAAGAAGGCCGGCGGCUGCCUGGGCCUUGGCGGUGUCAUGGGUGACAUGAUCAAGGCCAGUGGGCAUCUCGAUCUCGACAACAAACCCUUCCACUCUGGAUUCGGUGCGCCGAUGGGUACAUCCCAACACCAUCACACGAUGCACCCGGCGAUGCAGCAUUACAUGUAUCACACGGGUGUCGGCGUGGCCGGAGGUCUUCAUCAGGGAUUUGCGCCACCGGCGCCGCCCCCCAUCCACCCGCACUCGCAUUCGCAUUCCCAUUCUCAUCACAUGACGAGUCUUCAGGGUCUGCAGCUGGCCACGACGAACGCGAUGACCGGCUGGCGAUCGGAGUACACAUGAAUCGCGAGUGAUUAAGCAACUCAGGAGGACGCAGCCCACCACUGUCUCGUAAUGUUGUAAAAUGCGUUUAAGGGGGAGAAAAAGGAAGGAGAAACGUAAAAAAAGUAACGGACGAAAGAAGCGAAUAUAUAUAUACAUAUAUACACGAAAACGCUCCUCUUCUCUUUCUCGCACGCGGGCGCCUCCUUCCCUCGCGAAGGAGCCAACAAUCGAUCACCGACGACGCGGGGAGGAAAAAAAAGAAAGGGACAUUCCCGCGGGACAACACGCGUCCGGACACGUAUCCAGGGCUCACGUCGUCCUUGCGCGAUCGUGAGAGCAGCGCGUCCGUUGGAUCUCUCUUAUAAAAAAGUGAAAGCUCCUGUAAAUAUGUAAAGUCUCACGUGUUAGGGCCAUCGAGCCCCGGCCCCAAGUACAAAGGAAAAAAAUCAGCUACUGUAUCGAGUCUUAUAUAUUACAUAUAUAUAUCAUAUACAUAUGUAUGAUAUAUAUAGCAUGUGUAAAUAAAUAUUACAUAGAGACAAGAAUUUAUUAUAUAUUAUAUAUAUAUAUAUAUAUUAUAUGCGCAUGCGAGCGUGUGCGUGUGAUGGAAGGGUGAGUGUACAUGCGAUGAACCUGGUCCUUUUUUCUUAUCCGGCUCUCCUCGGGAUGCAUUCCAGGCGGGCGGUCGAGGACUGUGUCGCGCGGAACUUGGUCCUUCUCGCGCGUAAAAAUGUCACGCCUUCACCUGGAAUCGAUCCCGGGAGAGCCGAGACGAGCCGCAAGCGCGCGACACGCUUUGCAUGGGAGUCGACGCGCGACAUCGUGCAAUUUUUCGAGGGAGAGAGAGAGAGAGAGAGAGAGGAAGUCUUAUUAAAUGGAGGAAGAGUUCGCGUGACUCGCGGUGCGGGAUCGUUUGGACGUUUCGCGAAGAUGAAACUCGUCGGAGGCGACAAGUGGCAACCUCUCGCCCUGUAUUUCUCUUCAACAAGAAGUUCGCCAACCCUUUUUUUAAGAGUGACCACCUCUUUUUAUCGCACAGCAAGAUUAUGUCAAGGUUAUCUCUCUUCUUCCUUCGAGGUCUAAGAAGAGCCGAUAGAGAGGUCCCCGGAAACAUAAUUCGCUUCCCAGGAAUUGAAGCUUCUCGCGACAUCUCGGACUCGUCGAUGCUGAUCCUCGAGAUUGAGCUUUCUUCAAAUUUUCUUUCCUUCAUUCGAACACACGUACCUUCUCUCUACACCUGUCGGCGUCCAUUGGUCCAGCACCGUUCCGUGUGUGUCGUACCGGUUAGUGAUAGUUGACGUAAGUGUAAUAAAAGCGCAUAGGGUAAACUCGUAAAUUAUACACGAAGCCUCUGGCGAGAGAGAGAGAGGGGGGGGGGAGGAGAAGGAGAGGGAAAGAUCGAUCGUCGACGACGCGAUCGCCGGAUUAGCUUCAUAAUUUAGUCACACGAGGAAUCCACACACUUACAGGUAAACACACACACACGUAAACACACACAUACACGCACACCACGAACAGCAGCGAGAGCCGGCACACGAUUAAUUAAUGCAAGUGUAAAUUUUGUAUCUUCGAAAUUGUGUAUCGUUAUUGUAA